CGCAUGUAACCGCUUCCAUAUGGUUCCAGUCUGGAUGUGGGAAAUAAAUCUGGGCAGCUAGCAGCCAGAGGAAGAACUCAAGGCUGGGAAAGAGGCGCUUCUCCCGGCUGGAGGCUCAGAGAUCUCCCGGCGGAUUCUGCUGGUUUGUCGAAGUUCUGUCUGCAGCUGGUUCAGGACCUCAUCAGGCUACAAUGAGCUGCUGAAGAGGAGGUCAAGAAUGGCCGCAGACGUAGAUAAAACAAUCCCGGAGAAAGAGCGGAGGAACGGGCACAAUGGACAGACGAGUCCGGGAUCUGGAUCCUGGUUCUACAGAGGGAUGUGGACCCUGCUGGUGGUCUGUGCGGUCCCCCUUGUUGCUUUUGGGAUAAAGUACUACCAAGAUUCCCAGCUCCUCAGGCGUCAUGAGGAGGGCAUUCGAGCUCUGGGUGCCGAGGGCCUUUUUCUCUUCUCCUCCUUGGACACGGACCAUGACCUCUAUCUGAGUCCUGAGGAGUUCAAACCCAUUGCAGAGAAGCUUACAGGGAUCACACCCCCAGUGGAUUUGGAGGAGGACGUGAUUGACGACCCAAAUGGAGAGACUUUGGUCUUGGAGGCCAAAAUGCAGCCUCUGUUGCUGGAAUCCAUGACAAAAAGCAGGGAUGGUUUUCUUGGAGUUUCUCACAGCUCCCUGAGUGGUCUUCGCUCCUGGACGAGCCCUGCGGUGCCCUCCUCUUCAUUCCCUGCCAGCCAGUUCAGAGUGUUCCUGCCCCCAAAGGGCAAAGUGGAGGUGGGAGACGCAUGGUGGGUGAUUCCCAGCGAGCUCAACAUCUUCACUGGCUACCUGCCCAACAACCGUUACCACCCUCCCACCCCGAAGGGCAAAGAGGUUCUGAUCCACUCCCUGUUGAGCAUGUUCCACCCUCUGCCUUUUAUCAAGUCACGUUUUGCCCCGCAGGGCACAGUCGCCUGCAUUCGGGCCAGCAAUGAGUUUUAUUAUGACAUCGUCUUCAGGAUUCACGCAGAGUUCCAGCUCAAUGUCGUUCCAAACUUUCCUUUCUGGUUCACCCCGGGUCAGUUCACCGGGAACAUCGUCGUCUCAAAGGAUGCUUCCCACGUCCGUCACUUCCACCUUUAUGUCCCCAGUAACAGGUCUCUCAACGUGGACAUGGAGUGGCUCUAUGGAGCCAGCGAGAGCAGCAACAUGGAGGUGGACAUCGGAUAUCUGCCACAGUUGGAACUGCAGUCUGUGGGCCCCUCCACUCCCUCUGUCAUUGUGGACGAGGAGGGAAACGUCAUCGACAGUCAGGACGGGAGCAGCGAACCGAUCCAGUUCGUCUUUGAGGAAAUUCACUGGACUUCAGAGAUGAGUCAGGAGGAAGCUUUCCACCGCAUGGAGGUCACCUUCUACCCGUUCAAGAAGGUGCCCUACUUGCCUUUCGCCGAGGCUUUUGAGCGAGCCGAAGCAGAGCAGAAACUGGUGCACUCCAUUCUGCUGUGGGGAGCUUUAGAUGAUCAGUCCUGCUGAGGUUCGGGGCGAACUCUCCGGGAGACGGUCCUGGAAAGUUCGCCCGUCCUCGCUCUGCUCAACCAGAGCUUCAUCAGCAGCUGGUCUCUGGUCAAAGAGCUGGAGAACAUGCAAGCUGACGAGCAGAACCCUGCACUGAGUGUAAAGGCCCGCUUACAUCUGGAGAAGUACAGUUUCCCCGUGGAGAUGUUGGUGGCACUGCCCAAUGGAACUAUUGUCCAUCACAUCAAUGCUAACUACUUCCUGGACCAGACAGCAAUGAAACCAGAGGACGAAGGAGCAGCUUUCAGCUUUUCUGGGGGAUUCGAGGACCCCUCGACAUCCACGUACAUCAGCUUCCUGAAGGAGGGGCUGGAGAAGGCCAAGGACUACGUCACCCAGUAAUAUGUGUGAAUUUGAUAACUCCUGAGCCCCUCAGCCUGUAAAAGGGACUGUAAAGACCUAGGAUCAGGAAAAUACCACCAAUAAGCAUGUAAAGAUUUCCCAUCUGUUUGCAGCAAAGAAUCUGUUUUUUUUUUCCAUUUUGUUCACUUUGUUCUUAUUUAUUCAAACAUCUUUUGUGGUUAAAAAUUACAUUUUUUUUUAGUGAUUUCUGCCUUUGUUGGUUUAAAAUAAACAUUUUAAGUGGCUUACAUAGUGAAAGAGACAAUCAUGUAGCCAUAUUUAGACAUCUAUAAGCAGCAGCUAACUGAUGUGUAGGUCAGGUCUGCAAAGUGGCACCAAAAUGCAGGACAAACUAAAUUAUCAUGCAGCACUGCAGACAAUAGGCUCUUGUUCAUGGUUUUGCAUGGGAACAGGUUUACUGCUGAGUGUAGCCAGAGCUGGGGGGUAGGGGCUCUUGUUGCCUCCAGCUGUGCUUUGCGCAGUUUAUGAAGACGUCACCUGAAAGCUCUCUGAGCCGGGGGAUGCCUGAUGUUGUUGCCAGCGCGGCUGGAUGGAACAAAGUCCUCUGACUCAGGAGGAGACCCAAACUGUGGCACAUAAUGUAGAUUGUUUUUUUUUUUUUGCAUUUGAAAGCAUUGUAUGGUUCUGAUAUUAAUGUAAUCAGACCAAAGACCAUUGUUUUUGAUUUAUUAGAUUAAUUUCCACCUGCUUCAUAUUUACACAUAUGAGACAAAACUGAUGUUUUAGCUAUAAAGAUAUUAUACUGAUUAUACAGCAAGCUUGAUAGUAUCUGUACCUAGACAAGAAACUUUUUAUCUCAUGCUUCAGUGUGUUCCUCAUGUCCUUAAUUUACAUUUACAUAUAAAACAAGAUGCAGAGAAUCAUAGCUGGUACCACAAGCUUUCCAGAAAAUCAAGAACUUUAACCAAGUCAUUUCUGUUUGCUGCACAAAGCCUUUGGAGUAACCACACAGUUAUUCUCUGACCCAUUUGUGCAAUUUUUCCAUAAUAAAUACACUUUUUCUGUACAAA